GCCCCGACCGCGCGUCUCCCCGCUCGCCACAGCUGCCGACCUGCCUCGCACCACGCGACACAACUUAAUAAUAUCAACAAAUAACAUCCACUAUCACAUAUUGCAAUCAACUAUCCAGUUCCAACCUUAUUACGAUGAAUAACCAUUGAGUGAUAACUAACAAAACAAGACGUAUGUGUAAUGUGAGAUUGUGUUGCUAAAGCUGGGUUACAUUUCUUCAGGCAGCUGUUCAUACGGUGCGGGAGAGGCAAAGCUGACAUUAUGGAAUAUAUGUGAUUCCGAUCAAAAAACAAAACGAUGGCGGCAUAUUUCCACAUAUCGACGUGUAACAGAUAGAAGCAGACUGUGAUGCAAGUAGCUAUAAUGGCGUAGAUCCGCAAUGUCCACAUAGGAGGAGAUCGAUGGGUCCGCAUGGAGACGCGAGUACAGAUGAGUCAAGCGCUGCCGACCAAACGAACGGAAGCAACCUAUAGGAGUUGCUCGCAGUCUCUGCCGCUCGACAUUCUAUGGUUGCCGCGGUCGUCGUUCCGGCCGGCAGAGGGCGAGCUGGCGGACUGCGUGCUCGUGGUGGGCGUGUCGCGGCCCAAACUCGCGGCGGCGCUACUCUCCGUCACGCUGCUGUCUCUCUUCCUCACCUUCCACGUGCUGUACGACAGCGCGCUGUACAGCAUACAGGCUGCCAGCUUAGCGUCUGCCGCGAGCGAGAGCCGCAAGAUCCUACACAGCCAAGAGAUGGGCGGCCGCAGCAUCAACCACCCCAUGGCGCUGCGGAAGAGGACGCGGCCCGCAAGGCCGCCGAGACCCAUGAAGAGGCUUCCACAGGCGUUAAUAGUCGGGGUCCGCAAGUGCGGUACGCGAGCACUCCUAGAGAUGCUGUACCUCCAUCCGAUGGUGCAGAAAGCGUCUGGCGAAGUGCAUUUCUUCGAUCGCGAUGAGAACUACGCGCUGGGCCUGGAGUGGUACAGGAGUAAAAUGCCGCUGUCCUUCAAAGGGCAGAUUACAAUAGAGAAGAGCCCUAGUUACUUCGUUACUCCUGAGGUGCCAGAACGAGUCCGCGCCAUGAACUCCUCAGUGCCUCUUCUCAUCGUGCGCGAACCGGUGACACGAGCCAUCUCCGACUAUACACAACUACGUAGUCGCGCCACGCCGUCGGCGCCAGCGCACGCCAUGACGCCAUCACAUCCAGCGCCUGACGCCGCCAAGCCGUUUGAGCACCUCGCUAUAUCGCCCGAUGGCACCAUCAACGUUGCGUAUAGGCCCAUCGCCAUAUCACUGUACCACGCAUACCUGCACCGUUGGCUGGAAGUGUUCCCGCGGGAGCAGAUCCUGGUGGUCAACGGGGACCUGCUCAUCGAGGACCCGGUGCCUCAGCUGCGGCGCAUCGAGAAGUUCCUUGGAUUGGAGCACAAAAUUGGAAGAAGAAACUUCUACUUCAACGAAACUAAAGGCUUCUACUGCUUACGAAACGACACCACGGACAAGUGUCUCCGUGAAACCAAAGGCCGCAAGCACCCGCGGGUGGACCCGGCCGUCGUCACCAAGCUUAGAAAGUUUUUUAUACAGCACAACCAGAGGUUCUACGACCUCGUAGGAGAAGACCUCGGCUGGCCCGAGGACUAGGUAACUUGUUACCGGACAUAUGGACGCACCAUAUUGUUGUGAUCGAAUGUAAUUCUUACAUAUCAAAAUAAAACAUAUCAUUAGCGCUUAAGGUUUUUAAAAUAUAUGUAUACAUCUAGACUAAUUACAAAUUAGGACACCUGGAAAUAUAAAUUUUAUUUAUUAGUACGGGAUGUUUUGUAUACAAAAUUUUGCUGCACUUUAGUUAGACAAUGUAGUUAUAUACCGAUUUCGUUUUGAGUUAAUUGUACCAAUUAAAGUGAUCGUUUAUACUGGAUAUAUUACAUUAUAUUUGUUACUUUUGACAGUGUCUACGAAACGGGAACAAAAAUUUAAAGCAUGAAAGACGCGGUCAAUAAUUAUGAUUGUUUAGAUCAGCGGAAAUCCUUUACAAUUAUCACGCACUGAUUCGAUAGACCGACUCACUGGAACCCUGAGCAAUAUAUUUUUAAUAUUAAUAGCUAAUAAUUAAGUAUUACGUGCAAACCUUUACACAGCGUUUUUUAUACAUUUAGGUAUGGAUUUUAAAGCUGUUUGUGAUCAGUUCGUUCUUAGUAUUCACUAGUCGAGCCGUAAGUAUCUAAGCUAAGUGUAUCUACUAGUGUAAUUCCACGAGGAUGCGUGUUGUGUACAUUUUUCGCUUUCCCUUUUUAGAUGUCGUAAGUUUUGAUCGUGUCGUGUGACUCGUAAAUGUUUUAUGUUACUAGUGAAUGUGAUUUUUCGAAUUCUUAACAAUAUUUCCCAUGUUUUCCAAAUUCAUUGUUGCAAUGUUUAAAGUUAGUAAUAGCUAUUUGUCUUCUUUAGAACGAUACUCUUGAAAAUCUUAAUCCGAAUCAUUCUGUGUGUGUCUAUAAUAUAUCAUACAUUUCUUUGAUCUCAGUGUUGUUAUGGAAUCGUUGUUGAGUGUGUCGGUCACACUGUAGAAUAUACACACGAUUAAAUUAAAGAAGAGUGGAGAGAUAUCGAUAUUCAACGCGGGUUUAGGAGUAUUGUAUUUAAGCGAAACGUCCAAGACUGAAGAGUUAGUUGAGUAAGUUUAAGUAAUAUUUAGCAUAAAGUGUCCAGAGGGAGCGUCGGCGCCCGAGACGACCGGCCGACUGCGGGGUGGCACUCAAUGUCAUCGUCAAUGUUUCAUUUCCAAAUCACAAAAUAGCCAACGAAUAUUUAAAUAUUUUGUAAAAUGUAAGCCUUUUACGAAUGCUUAUCCAAAAUAAUAAAAGUUAACUAAAGUAUUUAAAUGAACAAGGAAACGAAAAAUCUAUUUACAAUUUGCUCUCUUUCUAUUUUAACCAUUUUGCCGACCAAAAGAGCGCCUUUAGUAUGAAAUACCAUAUUUUCCACAGUCGUAAGAAUCUACAUUAAUUCUGUGACACGGAAACGGUGACAAUUUUAAAUUAAUGAGGCAGUGGUUGACUCAAAUUUUCCCUUCGAGGAUUUCUUUUAUAACAACACGUUGCAUAAAUAAAUUGGAUUUGCGUUCGUAGUACUAAAGGUAUAACUCUACGUGAAUAUACGAUGUACCAGUAUUGUGAUGUAUCGAAGAUACAACUAAUAUUAGGGAGCGAGGCAACUUUCGAACAAGAUACUUACUGCUGACAAAUAUUUCACAAGUUGCUCAAGUAACUUUCAGUGAUAAAUAAAAGGUUGAAAGAAACAAAAAGAACAGAAGUAAUUUCAGCUACUUGUGUGAUUACAAGAAUAUCAAGCAUAUCAAAAAUAUUGCUAGAUAAAAUAAUUAUGUAAGAUUUAAUGUUUGUUUUGUAAGUUAGUUUUAUAAAAGUUUUUAUUUUUUUCUCCAAGAGAAGUAAAUAGAAACUUUUUAUAAAACUGACAAAAGUUAACAAAUUUAUUGAGAGUAUAAUUUACUUUGUUUUGUUAAAACUUAUUUGACUAGUUAUUAGAUAUUUUUAAUCACUGUUAAAUGUUGUGCACGUUCAUAAGGUGUAGUUUAAAUUUGAUUAGGAUAAUACUGUUAAAUAUAGUUACCUAUUAUUUAUAGAAAAUUAUAGUUUAUUAUUUAUAUAUUACCUACGGUCAUGUAUAUAUAUUUUGCAAUUCACUUUACUAUUUAUUUAAUUAUUUUAGUAAAUAUUCCUGUAUACUACAGAUAUAUAUUUUACUUAAAUUAUGUGCUGUGAACGAUUUGCCCAAUGCGUUUAUUUAUUAUCUCACAAUCAAUGAAUUUUAUGAAAAAGUAAUUCCUUACAUAUCAUUAGGUUAAAUGAGAAUGUUAUAUAUACCAACUAAAAUCUAUUUUACCCAUGUCUUAAAUAUUAAAUUUCCUUGUAAAUAUCUUUUAAAUUCUGUUAAUAAGUUAACUGUACGUCUUCAAUAAAUAUGAAGCAAGAGUA